AAACAUGCCCUUCUCCUUCUCAUCUCCCGAGUCUUCCCUACAUAGAGAGCAGCGAUUGCCCACGGAAUUCGGGCGUGACUAAUCCGCCUAAAGGUCUAGAAAUCCGGCGAUUGCUCCGCGGGUGCCGUAACGUAUCAAGUUGAGCCGAGGAUGUCGAAGCUCCGGAUUGCCGUGGUGUGUUCGAGUAACAUGAAUCGGUCGAUGGAGGCCCACGCCGCCCUAGCCAAGAAACAGUAUGACGUCAAAUCGUACGGCACAGGGAAAAUGGUGCGCAUUCCCGGACCCACUCGGAAUGAGCCCAAUGCGUAUGAAUUUGGCACCACAUAUGAGGCCAUUUACGAGGAUUUGAAGAAAAAAGAUCGCAAAUUGUACACGGAAACGGGUAUGCUCCAUAUCUUGGACCGGAACCGACGAAUCAAGGCGCAGCCCGAACGCUUCCAGGAAGUAUUCAAUACGGAAAAAUUCGAUAUCAUCCUAACUGUGGAGGAGCGAGUCUAUGACAACGUUAUCACCGCUUUUGAAGAACGCGAUUCGCUCCAUGAGCAGCCCGUACACAUAAUUAACAUGGACGUGGUGGACAAUCCCGAAGACGCCACGAUUGGAGCGUUUCUUCUUUGCGAUCUCGUGCGCAUGUUGGAUCAAAGUGACGAUCUAGACGACGACAUCGAUGAGAUCGUCCAAGAAUUCGAAGCUCAAUGUAAACGCGCGAUCUUGCACACUGUGUCAUUUUAUUGAAUCCUUGUAUGUAUUUCUAUUUUUUUACGCAAUACUUCUUUUUCCGAGGAAAAUUGAGAAAAAAAAAAUGCCCUAAAAACGA